AUGUUCGGUUUCUGGCCCCUUUUCGGUGCGAGCCGGUCCUUACCGGACGAGAAUAGCCGAGAGGACGACACGGACUGGGACGUCCCGGAACCGGAAACGCGCCGCGUUGUCUUCGGCACUCAUUCGACUGGGGUAUGCAGCUACCCCUCAUCCGGCGGCUUUCUCGUUUCGCCGCACUCCAGCGGCGUCGACCUCCUAUUCCUACAGCUGUCUCGAUUUGACCCCGCCGAGCGCUCCGAAGAUCCCACAGCUGAGGAUCAGCAAUGCGCCCGCAUGAGAAUGCUUGGCGCGUGGCGGUUUACGAGUACCGACGAGUACAAGACUACGAAGAUAUUCAACCCGGAAAACCUGUGGGGGAAGACAACGGUGGUUGCGGCGUGGCCUGAGAGCGGGGUAGGCGUAUGGGUGGUCGUGGCGCGCAAAAACGACGUAUCAUAUAGGCAGUCUGCUACCGAGCUUGUCUCGAUAUGUAUCGGAGCCUCACCCCAAGAUAUCCGCAUCUCCUCCCUAGCUUGUGCAGUCGAUCCAUGGGAACGACCGCCCACUAAGACAGCGACCUUGACAUUCGAGAAAGGCGACCAUAUAACUCGCUUUAACUCUAAUAAUGGCGAAUGGACAUUUAUGCAUCCUGCGCUGGCAAACCCUCUCAUUCUUGAUAGCCAUUUCCGUGGUCUCACCCCACUUAAUGAAGUAGCCGCUGAGAACCAUCAAUACGACUGUAUCGCUAUUUCUGGCCUCGCAAGCCACCCCUUUGGCUCAUGGCAGCCCCAUGGGAGAGACAAGUCCUUCAUGUGGAUCCGAGAUGAAUUACCUCAGUUUCUCCCAACAGUGCGGUUUAUUCUGUACGGUUAUGAUACGACUCUUCGUCCAAGUACAUCUUUCCAGAGGGUCUCUGACCUCGCGAACUCAUUCAUUGUUGUCUUACAAGCAGAUGGAUGGACCUCGCCUACAGCAAAACCGCUUUUAUUUCUUGCACAUAGCCUUGGUGGUGUUAUUCUGAAGGAGUCAUUGUUGAUGCUUGCUGGAGCUGGACAGCAGCAAGCAUCUAUCGCUAACUUAGUUCAGGGGGCCAUCUUUUUUGGCGUACCGAGUCAAGGUAUGGCCAUACAUGAUAUAUUCAGAAUGCUGGGAGACCAACCGAAUAAAGAGGCACUCGUUACCGAGAUUUCAACCGAGUCAAACUAUCUCUCCCAGCUUGAAAAGCAGUUUUCAGGAGUUUCCUUUGUGCGAACGUUGAAAAUGUUUUGGGCGUAUGAGACGAAAAUGACGCCGACAGUUGCAUCUUCGAGGAACAGCUCUAGCAGAUCAGGGCCAGAAACGGUGCUAGUAACUCGAGGCUCUGCCACGGGAGGACGUUGUUAUGAAGAUCCUUCACUGACAAUUCAGAUUGACGAAAACCAUUCUGACAUCGUGAAAUUCACCCAUGGUGACUAUAGAGUCCGCAUAAUUGUGGAUAGGCUGGCAAAAAUAUGUGGAAUACGCCCAGUCUUCGAUCAGACGGGCUUAGGUAUUGCCCUGAGUAGUGUUUCGACCGACAGCAGAGGUAUUCCUGAUGAUCGCACGCAGAGUAUGCAGAACCAGCAAUUGGUCGUAAAUGGUGUUGAAAAUCGGGCAUGGAUUCACGACCCUAUUGUGUGGGACAAUCAAGUAAUUUUAAGAUCUCUACGCGCGCCGGAGCGUGAUUUGCGUAUGCAACAAAUCGAUCCUGCUGCUACUUACACUUUCGACUGGGUAUAUGACGAUACUACUAUUGGUAUGUCCGAAUGGCUGCGAAGGGGAGAAGGAAUUUUUUGGAUUAGCGGCAAACCAGGGUCUGGGAAGUCUACGAUGAUGAAGUUUAUUCAUAACGAUCAGAGAACUACCGAACUUCUACACAAGUGGAAUUCCAGAGCUCGGCAAAUUAUGCCUACCUUUUUUUUCCAUCACCGUGGCAAUCAUAUUCAAAGAUCCUUUGAGGGACUUUUACGAAGCAUCAUCAGCCAGAUUCUGGAAGCAGAAGAGGCGAUUUUUGAGGUAAUCCGAUCGGCAUUCGACGAGGAGUAUCUCAAGCGAGUAAAGAUGAAUGGACUUGGAAGCCUGCAACUUGAUAUCCUUCAAUUAACGAAACUAUGCAAUAUCACUGAGAGUGCAUUGCUAGCCCAGGAUAUCGAAAAGAUUAUACGAAGCUUAGACCUUCGUCCAUCUCUACCUCGACCCGUUCACAUUAAUCUAGAAGCUGAGAUUAAUAAAUUACUUAUGAAAUAUAGUGAGCAGCUUAAUACUCAUAGAAGAACAUCCGAUAAUCGUCGACUAGAGUCGGGUGUUGAAAACCACCAAAUUAUAGGUGAAGAGAUACAAGAGCAAUUGUCAAACGAGGUUGGAAAUGGUAUAAAAAAUCUCGUGAAGCGACAUGAAUCACGUAUAGAUAUCCAAAGCAAGAUUCAGAACGAAGAAUGGACCAAGUCAAGACUGGAAGAUAUCCUUCUUCGGAUAUGUUCCCAGACACUGUUCGACUUGGAUCUCUUUUUCCUUCUAGACGCCUUGGAUGAAUAUGACGGGCGUCCGGAAUUUAUUUCAGGAUUCCUCAAAGACCUUAUUCAGGACGCGAGUUUUCCGAGGACCAAGGUUAGAAUUUUAUUCUCGAGCCGGCACUGGGACGUGUUUCAAAAGGAGUUCGAAACUUCCUUGGGAUUCAGAAUCCACGAACACACCAAGGGCGAUAUUCGCAACUAUUGCACCUCGUCUAUAUGCAAUAAUUUCCAGACACCUGGGUGUCUGCUUCUAUUUGUUGAGGAUAUUGUAACUCGUUCUCGUGGUGUUUUCCUUUGGGUGAAACUCGUCCUAUGCGAUCUUUUCCGAAUUAUGAGAGAGCAUAACCAUACCAAAGAUUCAGCCGAGAAUGAUUUACGUAUAGCCCUCGAUUCCAUGCCGGAUGAGCUCGAGGAAUAUUACACAGCUAUUAUUGAACGCAUUCCACUGGCAGCUCGGUGGGACACCUAUGUCGUCCUAGAAUGCCUAGCCAGAAGAACUGGAAAUGCUCUUACAGUCCACGAGCUUUACAUGAUUGCGGCAUAUUCCACAGCCAAGAUAUGCCCUGGUAAUGACCAAUGGCAGCAAAUCCAAAUAUUUCAAGAUGGUUCCCAGGCCGAACAGUUUGUUAGAAAAGUCUCUGGAGGGUUGGUGGAUAAAUUUCCAGAGCAUAUAUCUGAUUUCGCGACUGUUCAGCUUAUGCACCAAACCGUCAAGGAUUUCAUUGAGACACCACAGUUUCGACAUUUGGUACUUGGAAGCAAUCGCACAAGUGUAACAGUAGAGAAUGGCCAUUCAUUCCUAGCAAAAUACUUCUUCCUACACUACGGCACUUUAGAUUAUAACACGAGCAUAAGCAUAAAUACUUCUCGGAUGUUUUCUUUCCACGCUCGUGAAGCCGAAAGAACGACGGGUGUAAGUCAAUAUACAUUUUUUGCCUGUACCCCGGACGUUGUGCAUUUUGCUGCGUUCGCCGGCCUCCAACUCUACUUUGAGGAUGCGUACAAGGCGGAGAGCAGGGCUUUCGCAAACUCGACCAGACUUAUCAGCAGCAUUGGACUUGGCCUUGGCCAGCUUUUCUGUGCGAUGUGGAUCGGAGAUGUUCGCGAUGGCCCACGCCGCAGGCCGCUCGGAGAGCUAGACGAAUACCGCAGCGACAUAGCCAGUGACUUAGUAAGCCAACUAAAAGACACCGAGAUACUUAUUGAUUUGGACCGUGUUUCUAGUGCGGAAAAUGUGAACUUAUAUGGGUUUAGUUCUGGCACGAUUUUGCACAUGAGCCCUCCUGAUAUUGCCGCCAAAUUGUUGGAGCGAGGAGCAAACCCUAACGCCCAGGACGCUUUGGGUCGGUCACCAUUGGAUUAUAUCCUAAAUAAUGUGACAGUACAUCCGCCAAGCCCCGGGUAUCUCCACGAGUUAUCAUUGCUAUUGAUCAAAUAUGGUGGUUUAUUACGGACAACGACAAGUACGGAGUGGAAUAUAUACAUCCAUAAUCUGGAAAAGAACGGGCUUGGUACACAGGUUUUUGAAGACUAUGGUUUCCCUGCUUGGGACCAUACAAAGCCAAAAUACGUCCAACGUCAGAACUAUGGCACAAGCCCCCGCCUAUUAGACAGGGAACAUGAUACCGGGCCAUCGCUUCGUCAAAGCUCCCCAUCUCGAAGCCGUCGUGAUUAUAGACCUCCCCAAGCAAGGGUGCGGCAAGCGGCUACCGCACGAAAAAGACGUCGGCGGCAAGGUUAA